CCUGUCAGGGCGGUUCUUUCCCUUUGUCUCGGCAGGAGAGAGGGAGCAAAACGGGGAGAGAGAGAGUCUCUGGUUCCUGAACAAGCGUUAGGCGUCAGAGGGCGGCUUGGAAGGAAACUCAAGGAGAUUUAUACUAUAAUUGAAAGGCAACCUGUUAUUCUCCACCUGUCUUUCUAUUGUUGUUUUAACAUUUAUUUUAACAUUUUGGAGAGUUUGUUUUCUGUCCUAAGCGUAAGCGCUCUUGUGGAGGUCGUAACUGGUGAAGGUUACUCUGUGAUUCUCUGGGUGCCUGGUUGUUCCUAACUCAGACCAUGCAUUCUCUGUGGCUGCUUCUGAUCCUGUGCCUGUCCCUGUCCCUGGCGCCCCUAGUCCAGACCGAGAAGGGCCUGGAGUUCCCUCGCUAUGACGGGAACGACAGGGUCAUCAACAUCAAUGACAAGAACUACAAGAAGGCUAUGAAGAAGUACAGCAUUCUCUGUCUGCUGUACCACAAACCCAUCCCUGACGGCAAGGAGCUGCAGAAACAACACCAGAUGACUGAGAUGGUGCUGGAGCUUGCUGCCCAGGUUAUGGAGGAAAAGGAGAUUGGGUUUGGAAUGGUUGACUCCCACGAAGACGUCAAGGUUGCCAAGAAGCUGGGCCUGGUGGAAGAGGGAAGUGUGUACGUGUUCAAGGGAGACCGUAUGAUUGAGUUUGAUGGCCUGCUCUCUGCAGACACCCUGGUGGAGUUCCUACUAGACCUGUUGGAGGAGCCCGUGGAGGUGAUAGGAAAUACUCUGGAGCUGAGGGCCUUCGACAGGAUGGAGGAAGACAUCCGUCUUAUUGGCUACUUCAAAAACGACGAAUCAGAACACUACCAUGCAUUCAAGGAGGCUGCAGAGCAGUUCCAGCCCUACAUCAGAUUCUUCGCUACCUUUGAGAAAUCUGUGGCCAAGGAGCUGACCCUGAAGAUGAACGAGGUGGAUUUCUACGAGCCCUUCAUGGAGGAGCCUGUCACUGUCCCUGACAGGCCUAACUCUGAGGAGGAGAUCGUGGCCUUCGUCACUGAACACAGGAGACCAACACUGAGAAAACUGCGUGCUGAGGACAUGUUUGAGACCUGGGAGGACGAUUUGGAGGGGAUCCAUGUGGUGGCCUUCGCAGAGGAGGAGGACCCUGAUGGUUAUGAGUUCCUGGAGCUGUUGAAGGAAGUGGCCAGAGACAAUACCCACCACCCUGGUCUCAGCAUCAUCUGGAUCGACCCUGAUGACUUCCCCCUGCUGAUCCCCUACUGGGAGAAGACCUUCCACGUGGACCUGUUCAAGCCUCAGAUCGGAGUGGUCAACGUUACUGAUGCUGACAGCAUCUGGCUGGAGAUAGACGAACAGGACCUGCCCACAGCCCAGGAGCUGGAGGAUUGGAUAGAGGACGUCCUGUCUGGCAAGGUCAACACCGAGGAUGAUGAUGAUGAUGACAACGAUGAUGAUGACGAAGAUGACGAAGACGAUAACGAUGAUGAUGACGAAGAUGAUGACGACGAAGAUGAUGACGACGAAGAUGAUGAUGACGAAGAUGAUAACGAUGAUGACGACGAAGAUGAUAACGAUGAUGACGACGACGAAGAUGAUGACGAUGAUGAAUAAUUAAAAAACUACAAAUUUGUAAUCCAAAAUUCAUAACAUUGUUGUAUAGUCUCUUCACUGUACUAUCAUCAAAGUGAACGAGUUCAGGGAGAGAGGAAUAGAUCUAUAUGCUUUUAUAAAACAUUUUGUACAAUGUGUACAUCACUAGCCAAAAUCAACCUUUCUGCAUUAGAAGAAAACCCAUCAACAGAUUUUGUUUUUCAAGAAUCUUUUCAAAAAUACUGUUGAUAAACUGAAAUCUAUCUGAAAGAGAGAAGUAACAAUAUGUUGACCAACAGAGAUACUUCAGAAAACCCCAAACAGUACUUUCCAUCCUUCCCUUAAUUCUACUAAUUUCUAACAAUGACUGGCAACCACGACAAAUACAUCAAUCUAACUUUAGUUUGAUCAAUGAAGUGCUGCUGUACACCAUCCUAAACCUCACUGAAGUCACUGAAAGGUUGGCAUCUUUGUGUGCUUUUCUGUGCCCUCUAUAAUAUACUCCGUGUGUAGAUAAUUGCAUUUUAGGUUCUACUUUCUGGAGUCAGUGCAAAUACACACCUGUCUCUCCCUUUCCCAGGAACUAGAUCUUUGUUAUUACUAUUGACACUUUCCAAUUUCCACAACACUUUCUCUCCUUUCAUCUCCAUCUCUGUAUUCAUGUGUGUUUGAGCAACAGCUGCAAAGUGAGAUAAUAUCAGCAUUGCACACCCAGAUGGGAGAGGAAAGCCUAUUUAAAUGCAAAUUCCUCAAGUCUCAAUUUCUCUAAUUUAUUCUCUUUCCAUGUUUCGUUCUCUUCAUCUUUCUGUCUCUUUCCCUCCUUGACUCAUUGCUCGUUCUCGCCCUCCUUCCGUGGGCUAUUAGAAGAGGAGAUGUGUAGUGGCAGGAGAGAGUUCUCAGUGUUCUGUAGGACCAGGGCACAUGAGGGGGAAGGGGGCUUCAGAUAUUAACUCAAUGUCUAUACUCAACCUUCAUAUUACAACCACUAACUCACUCGCUCGCUCUCUCUCCGCCUUCUCACAUACUGUAUAGUACACAAGACAAAGACACUGCAGCACACACACGCACACACACUUGCGUUCCAAAAAUAAGUCAUACAGUAUGAGAAUAUGUUCAAAUUGUUCAUACAAAUAUUCAUUUUACAGAUGUGAAUCUUGAGACAGUUAUUCUAAUCCCAUAUCUGUGACCUUAAAGCAAAAACCUAAGACACACACACACACACACACACACACACACACACACACACACACACACACACACACACACACACACACACACACACACACACACACACACACACACACACACACACACACACACACACACACACACACACACACACUCUAUUGGACAAAAA